CUAUAAUAUAUUUAUAUAUUUUUUUUAGUAUACAUAGCAAUAGUACAAUUAUUUGUUUGUCUCAUACAUACAACAACACAAUAACAAAGCAUUCUUUUAAUAAAUUAAUUCUUUUUUUUUUUUAAAUUUCAUUUGUAAUAAAUAAUUCAUAUAAACACAAUAAUUAUUUAUAUACAAAUUUUAGCAUAAAAAAAAAAAAACCCUAAAACUUUUUUUAAAAAAGUAAAACCCAAUAACACACGUUAUUAUUAAUUACUGUCCUCACUCUAAUUAAUAAUAAAAUAAACACCUUUUAUGUUCUGGUGCAAAAACAACAAAAAGACCAUCUCUUUUAACACACUCGCCAUUUACAUUUCCGACACCGGUAUUUCCUGACGUCGCUAAUCAACCUUUGAUAUAUACCCAAUAAUAAUAUAAUAAUAAUAAUAUAAAAACAAUUUUUCAUAUAUUUUUUUUUUUGUUUGUUUAGUAUUUUUUUUUUCCCCCAUAUAAAUUUAUCAUUUCUUAAUAAUAUUUUAAACUCAAUUUUUUUCAACUUAACUCAAUUUAUAAAAACAUACACAUAGUAUAAUUUAAAUGCCAAUAAUGUCAACAGAAAUUUUUAAUGAAUCAGAUGCCGGAUUCGUCAUUGAAUCAACUCAAAAUUGUUACGCCGAUGGAUUCGAAGGACCAGAAAAAAAAUUAGAUAUUAGAUUUUGUCCAAUUAACAAGAUUACUGGUAAAAACUCAACAUCAAAAAUUGGAUUACGUGCUAUCAACAAAGAUAGAUGGCAACAGGUUUUAGAUUCAGCAAGAUGUACAAUUAUUAGCCAAACAUCAAAUCAAUUUAUGGACAGUUAUGUUUUAUCAGAAUCCAGUCUUUUCGUUUACCCACGUCGUGCAAUGGUCAAAACUUGUGGUACCACUACCUUAUUACAUUUAAUUGCUAAAAUGGUCGAGGUUGGUAAAGAGUGUGGAUUAGAGGUCGAGAUGGUCGUAUUUUCAAGAAAGAACCUCAAUCAACCAACCAAGCAAAUUUUCCCACAUUGUUCAUUCAAUGACGAAGUAGCCUUUUUAAAUAAAAUCUUCAAAGGUGAAGCUUACGUUAUGGGUGAUGUAAAUAAGGAUCAUUGGAAUUUAUAUAUUGCCGAUUACCGUAAAAACAAAACUGUCCAAAGAACUGAACAAACUUUCGAAGUAAUGAUGCACGAUCUCAACCCAGAGGUCAUGAAGCAAUUCUUCAAACGUGAAGGUGUUUCAGCUUUAGAUACUACCGUAAGCAGCGGCAUCAGCAAUCUUUUACCAGGUUCCAUCAUUGAUGACUUCCAAUUUGACCCAUGUGGUUACUCUAUGAAUGGUCUCUUGGAUCAAUGGUACUGGACUAUUCACAUCACUCCAGAAUCUCAUUGCAGUUAUGUCUCUUUCGAUACCAAUAUUGCUUUACCAGAUUUCAAUCAAUUAUUAAGAAAUGUCUUGAAUGUUUUCAAACCAGGUAGAUUCACAACUGCUAUCUACAGUGAAGAUGGCAGCCCAGUCUCUGAUGCUUAUUCUGCUUUUGAUAUCAAUUCAAUUCCAGAAUUUUCAAUUCAAAAUAAAACUCUUCAUGGUUUCGAUGGUGGUUAUGAUGUUGUUGUUUCAAAUUUCAAAUUAUCAGAUCAAUAUUUAAUUCAACAAAAACAACCAAUUAUCCAAACUGCUGAUCAACAACAAGUUGAUUUAAUUCAAGUUUAAAAAAAAAAAAAUUAUAAAACUAAUUUUUUUUUAAUACCAACCAAACAAACAAACAAACAAACAAACAAAACAAAUAUAAACUCCCUCAAAAUGAAUAAAAUUAUAUUUUUUUUUUAAAAAAAAUUAUUUAAAAUAAUUUUUUUUCAUGUAUACAU